GAAGACUUUGGCGUUGCGGAGGAUCGAUAGUGCAUUUGUUUCCCGUAUCUUCAAUCACAGAAACCAGCAAUAGUACAAGAUGUCUGACGCUAUCACUAUUAGAACUAGAAAGGUUUUGUCCAACGCUUUGUUGAGCAGAAGACAGUUUGUCAUUGACGUCAUCCACCCAAACAGAGCUAACGUCUCUAAGGAUGAAUUGAGAGAACAACUCUCUGCCUUGUACAAGGUUGAAAAGGACCAAGUCUCCGUCUUCGGUUUCAGAACCCAAUACGGUGGUGGUAAGUCCACCGGUUUCGGUUUGGUCUACAACUCCGUUGCUGACGCCAAGAAGUUCGAACCAGCAUACAGAUUAGUCAGAUACGGCUUAGCCACCAAGGUCGAGAAGGCUGCUAGACAACAAAGAAAGCAAAAGAAGAACAGAUCAAAGAAGAUCUUUGGUACUGACAGAAAAGCUGCAAAGAAGGCCGCAAAGAGAGCUCAAGAUUAAGCCUGAUGAUAGUUUCAAUAAAUAUCUUUUAUAUAUAAUCUUUACUUUAUCAUUUUCUCCCUUCUACAAUUUUGUUGUUUUAAUAAAAUAAAAAUCAAAUAACAUUUACCAGGAAAAAGCGCAUGGACGUGGAAUGUUUGGAAAUGUUGAGGUAAAUAUAAAAGGAGAGUACACAAGACAAAUGUAAGUAGGGGAUCCGAUGAACCAGAACGAUCCAUCGGCUAAAAAAAAAUGCACAAUGAGUCGGAUAUAGAGUUGACAGUGGCGGGGGUUAAUCGUCCCAUCUAAGGCGCAGAUUUAACCUUCUUCUCCUGCAACACUCUCACCUCUUCCUCCAGCUUCUUCAUCUGGGCUUGCAACUGCGCCAAAUCGUGGUUCAAUCUGUUCUUCUCGGUGUAAAUGUUUUGCUUCCACUGCUUGAAGCGCUGGUCUUCGUUUCUCAACUGCUCGGCAAAGUAUCUCUUC